AUGGUACUCACAUACGGCACUGGCGGUGCGACCGCCGCCUUGACCGUGGUCGGCUUGUACAUGCUGUUUAACGGCGAGGGCGAAGCAUUCAACGUCGGAAGAUUCCUCGAAUCCAUAUCGCCAUACACGUGGGCCAGCUUAGGCAUCGGACUGUGUAUCGGUCUUUCCGUCGUGGGGUCGGCGUGGGGUAUCUUCACGACCGGUGUGUCCAUCGUCGGUGGUGGAGUCAAGGCUCCCAGGAUACGAACGAAGAACCUGAUCUCAAUCAUCUUCUGCGAAGUCGUCGCUAUCUACGGCGUCAUCAUGGCCAUCAUCUUCUCCUCGAAAAUGCAGUCUGUCAACGACACUGAGAAGUUGUACUCUGGCUCCAACUACUUCACCGGAUACGCGCUGUUCUGGGCUGGUCUCACAGUUGGCAUGUGCAACCUGAUCUGCGGUGUCUCUGUUGGCAUCAACGGAAGUAGCGCGGCGUUGGCAGAUGCUGCUGAUCCUUCGCUUUUUGUCAAGAUUCUUGUUAUCGAGAUCUUCAGUUCCAUUCUUGGUCUCUUCGGUCUUAUUAUUGGACUGCUCAUGCAGAAGACGGCAUCUCAAGAUCCUUCCACCGAUAAGUGCAUACCAAUUCUCAAAGACGUCUUCGGCAGCUCCGGGAGCGACCAAUGGGAUGUCGCAGAGACCGAGAUCGUGCCAGAUAGUGUACUCGCAAUCCAGAAGACAAUCAGGAACUGGACUGACAGAGCCGAUCCUAUCAACUUGAUCAUCAGCAGUGGAGGGACCGGAUUCGCUACCAAAGAUGUCACACCAGAGGCGAUUACACCGCUGAUAGACAGACAUGCCCCAGGACUUGUCCAUGGCAUGCUCACAAUAUCGUACGCUGUUACGCCUUUCGCUUUGAUGGCUAGACCAGUAGCCGGAACUCGAAAGCAAUCCAUUAUCAUUACUCUUCCCGGGUCACCAAAGGGUGCUAAAGAGAAUCUAGAGGCAGUCAUCAAGUUGCUACCACACGCGUGCAUACAAGCUGCCGGUGCAGAUUCUCGGCCGCUUCACGCAGGCGGCGUGAAGAAGCUGGAGAGAGAAGCUGGCAUCUCUCCCGGCGCGACGCCCUCAGAAGCAGGCCCAACCAGCGGUUGCCACCACCAUCACCAUCAUGGACACUCACACGGCCAUGGUGGCCAUGCAGCAGUGCAGCCACGCACAAAGCCUGAGGGCCGACCGCAAUCAAAUGACCCUAGUGCAGGACCUACUCGUAGAUAUCGAUCGAGCCCGUAUCCCAUGCUUGCAGUCGACGAUGCACUGAAGUUGAUCGCAGAGCACACGCCUGCCCCGAUCGUUCAAAAGGUCCCUGUCAACAUGGAGCUUGGAGGCUCCGUCCUUGCCGAAGACGUCAAGGCUACAGAGUCUGUACCCGCGUUUCGAGCCAGUAUUGUAGACGGAUAUGCUGUCAAGAUCCCUGCCUCUGGCAAGUUUGAAAAAGGAGUCUAUCCCGUUGCGAUUGUUUCGCAUGCCCAAGCAGGCAAUGUGAAGGAAUUGAAGGAGGGAGAAAUCGCCCGUAUCACUACUGGUGCACCGCUUCCGCCUGGUGCCGAUGCAGUUGUCAUGGUCGAGGACACGGUGUUGAAGAGCCAGACAGACGACGGCAACGAAGAGAAAGAAGUGGAAAUCUUGACAGACGAGAUCAAGGCUGGAGAGAAUGUGCGCGAAGUUGGCAGUGAUGUCGAAGAGGGUGAUACGAUCUUGAAGAAGGGUGAAGGGGUGACAGUCGUCGGUGGUGAGUUCGGACUCCUCGCAUCAGUGGGCACAAGGGAAGUCUCUGUCUACAGACGACCUGUCGUCGGGGUCUUGAGCACAGGUGAUGAGAUCGUUCCGCACGACAGGGAAAGCCCGCUGCAACUGGGUGAAGUUCGAGACACGAACCGCCCAACCCUCAUCACAGCUGCUCGCAGCCACCGCUUCAAAGCCGUCGAUCUCGGCAUCGUGUCAGACAAACCCGGCUCACUCGAGCAAACUCUCCGCGACGCCCUCUUGAAAUGCGACAUAAUCAUAACCUCAGGCGGCGUCUCCAUGGGCGAACUCGACCUUCUCAAACCCACCAUAGAGCGCUCGCUGGGCGGCACGAUCCACUUUGGCCGCGUAAACAUGAAGCCAGGCAAGCCAACCACCUUCGCUACAGUGCCCACCAAAGCACCUGAUGGCACGCGCAUCUCCAAAGCUAUAUUCUCGCUCCCGGGCAAUCCGGCAUCGGCCGUGGUGUGCUUCCAUCUCUUCGUCUUGCCUGCGCUACACCAACAGGCUGGUAUUUCGCCUGUUGGCCUACCCAAGGUAAGCGUGCUGCUUGAUGAGGAUGUUAGAAUGGACAGGGGAAGGCCGGAGUAUCAUCGUGCGCUUGUCAUCGCAAAGGAUGGGGCGAUGUAUGCUUCGUCAACCGGAGGGCAGAGGAGUAGUAGGAUUGGCAGCUUCAAGGGGGCCAAUGCGUUGUUGGCCAUGCCGAUGGGCGAGGGAACCCUGAAGAAGGGCGAGAGGGUCGGGGCGCUACUGAUGGGCAAGCUGGGUUAG